AUGGCGUACCCUAACAAUGUUGGCAUCAAGGCCAUGGAGAUCUACGUCCCCGGACAGGCUUUGGACCAGUCGCUUUUUGAACAAUAUCAGGGCGUUUCGGCUGGAAAAUACACUAUCGGCUUGGGUCUUAAGUACAUGAACUUCUGCAAUGACCGUGAAGAUGCGUCUUCCCUUGCUCUCACGGCAGUGUCCUCUCUCCUGAAGAAGUACAACAUCGACCCCAAGACCAUCGGCCGCCUAGAGGUCGGCACGGAGUCCCUGAUCGAUAAGGCAAAGUCCAUCAAGACUGUGCUGACCCAGCUCUUCGAGCCUGCCGGCAAUACGAGCCUAGAGGGUGUCGACACCAUCAACGCGUGCUACGGGGGCACGAGUGCUCUUUUCAAUGCCGUCAACUGGGUCGAGUCUCGCUCAUGGGAUGGCCGCGACGCAAUCGUGGUGGCCUCGGACAUUGCGCUCUAUAAGGAGGCCUCGUCCCGGCCGACCGGCGGCGCCGGCUGUGUCGCCAUGCUCGUGGGCCCUGACGCGGUGCUCUCUCUGGAUCCAGCGCUCAAGGGCACCUUCAUGACCCACGCCUACGACUUCUAUAAGCCCGACCUCAAGGCAGAGUUCCCCAUAGUCAACGGGCACGAGUCUCUCCAAUGUUACACCUCGGCGCUGGAUGGCUGCUAUAACCGUCUCCGGGAAAGAAUCGAGGAGGCCAACGUGAAGGCGAACGGCCACGGCCACGGCCCCAAGACUGAUACACGCAACCUACUGGACAUCUUCGACUAUAUGGCCUUCCACACCCCUAACUGCAAGCUUGUCAGUAAGUCUUAUGGACGUUUACUGUACAACGACUACAAGCUGGGUGGUGACCUGGACACGUGGGGUAAGGUCCCCACUGAGCUACGCGAGCUGAGCUACGAGGAGUCCUUGAAAAGUAAAGAGCUGGAGAAACUUUUUGUGACCCUGUCCAAGGAUCGUUUCAAGUUGCGAGUUGAGCCGUGUAUUGCCGCCCCUUCGCAAUGCGGCAACAUGUAUACGGCUAGUCUGUACUGCUCCCUCAUCAGUUUGAUCAGCAAUAUCGACCUGAAGGAUUCAGUGGGAAAGACAAUUGGCAUGUUCAGCUACGGCAGCGGAAUCGCCAGUACUCUAUUUGCGCUCAAGGUCACAGGUGAUCUUACCGAACUGGUCCAAAAGAUUGAUCUCAUGAACCGAUUGAAUCAGCGCAAGAUCGCAACUCCUAAAGAAUAUGAAGAGGCUUGCGCCCUCAGAUUGAAGGCUUAUGGCGCCAGGAACUUUGAGCCUACUGGAAGCAUCGAGGACAUGGCUCCGGGCACACACUAUCUGAAGGGAAUCGAUGAGGCGUAUCGGAGGACGUAUGCCGUGAAGGAGUAG